AUGACAGUGGCGGCAAUCGCGACCGCGCCUCUGGUAUUGGAGCGCUCGGCUCAGGAGCAGUCGGAUGCCGCGCUCACGGCUUACAUGCGUGAGUUGUACACUUACUUUUACUUGUCUGGUGCUCAUUGGCAUACUCGCCAAACAGCAUCAUGCGCAUAGAACUUAUCAACAAAACUUCUCGUACUCGUUCUCGUAAUAUCGUCAACAAUACGGCAAAAAAUACAUAGUCCUCACAGCGACAACAGCGUCGCAACAAGUUAUGUAUGCUUGUGCCAUCAGGAGGUAGUAGUAAAAUCAAAAUCUUUGAAUCUGAUCCCCUCUUUAUCUUUAGGCAUCGCGAGGACACAAGGCUCGAACGCGAUGUGGCUGAGCUGUAUGCAAGCGCACUCGACCUCCUAGGGAUGGCCAGCGACUCAGCAGAUUUCGGGAAAAACAUUCUCGAGGUUGUGAUGGCUUCAUCUACGGCACCCUCUGUGGGAUCUAUGAGGUACUCAUUUUCAUUAUGUCACAGUCCAGGUGGUCCACUGAGUCGGACCUUGUCCUGCAUUAUUUGCGCUCACGAUUGAUAUUAACUAGUAGUUAGAAGUACAAAUUGAUAAAGAGAAGUAGUUGUAGUUUGUUAUGUCCGUACGAGUUGUGCUUGAAGAGAAGUCUGUAAUCAUAAUUUCACCAUCAUCACCACAGCUACGAUCAACACACGUCAUCACUGCAUGGCGAUGACGCUGGAAAGCUGGUACGCACAAUCGACGACGCGACGCUGGGGAAACUCGUAACAACAGUGAAAUCCACACGAGAUGCUGCCGAGGAGCUGUGUCACCCAGUGAGAACGCUAGACUUGACAGCGAGCAGGAUUCAGGCAACGCUGGCUCUGGUUACUGAAUUGUUGGAGGUUCGUGAAUGUGGCGAGAGCAUUGGCGCUGCGAUAGCAAACAAGGAUUACGAAACUGCCGCUAAGUGCGUAGCAAAAUACAAGAGCGCUACAGUUGUAUCCGAGCAGCAUGAGGCAGCACUUAUUAAGGCUUCCCCUAAAAUAGAUCCAUCUGCAGAUACAUAGUACAUCUUGGAGGAGCUUUUCCGUAAGGGGAAUAAAACGGCCUCAAGAUGAUGAGUCUCAAGAUGGAAAGGCAAAAGGGGUCAGCGCUAAACUUAGCAAAGAUGGCAACUCAUCUGGUACUUCUGCAAGUAGAUCACGGGAGCCUCUCUUAGAUGAGGAGGUACUGCUGAAACUAGAAGACGGCAAGAGACGGCUCGCAGCGAUCGUCAGUGAGCAAUUCGAGGUCGCAAUCAAAAACAAGGACCAAGUUGCUGUAUCGCGGUUCGCGAAGCUCUUUUACUUAUGCAUGGAUUAUUGCAAGCGAAAGGGUUUGACGUUUAUACCCCACAGGUUUUUUGUGCCCUCCCUCUCGUCGGUCUUUACUCGCACGAGAAGUUGCCUAUCUGAAUGCCAACGCCAUUGUCUCAAUCAUGAGUACUUUCCUUGUUGGUAGCUGCUUUUUAUCUUCUAAUUUCUCCUCUCGGCCUCGCAGAUUCAGCGGUGACCGCUUACAUCCAGUUCAUCCGAGAUAGAAUUAGAGAAACGGCAACCGCCAGUGUCCAGAAGCUGCGGCGUUUGAACCUUGGCGCUGGCGGCUCCAGCGGAAAAAUUAGUGCCGCGACGUCCAUGCCUGCGUACGCGGAGACAUUGUGGUCUGUCUUCGCGCACAUCAGUGAAAUCCUGCAGCAAAACAAGGACAACAUAGAGACCGAAUUCGGCAUCGAUAACUAUGUGGACUUUUUGCGCGGAAUCUACGCUGAGGUGAGCAUCCAGCAAACAAAAAUUCUCACUCUUUUCAAAGAACAGGAAUACAACAAGAUGCUGCUGGAUGUGCAACAAAACCAACAGAAAAAGGCAGCAGGCAGCAUGGGUGGAGGGAGAAGCAGCGCUGUUAUGUCAUGGAUUCUAUGCUCAUAAUUACUUAAGCUUGACGUUUUACUUAUCUGAUGACAAUGAAUCUUCUUCUUUUUUCGUUUCUGCAUGAGUACUUUAACUUUCACUCAUCAGGUAAAAUCAUGUCUUCAAUCUUCGUAGUCCCCCAGCACUUCUUACAUAUACAUCCAUUACCACCAUCUAACAUUCCUGCACCGUCGGGCGUCGCAUCCAACAAAGAGAAGAUUAGGCUCGUCUUAAGCAUGAUGCAGGCUCUAUUACAGAAAAGCGAGACUUUCGAUUGCUUUAUUCGUCGUCUCAUCACAGACGCCCACAUGGGAGCCCUAGAUAGCGGCGCUGAUCAUUAUGAUUCUACGACUACUGCAGCACAUCAUCCCGUUGUCUCCUCGGAUCCAGAGCUCAUGCCUGAGGAAGACCGCCAACACCAAAGAAGCGAGGCGCCAUCUAUUAAGGCCCUCAAUAUUAUGUGUAAAUACAUGAUAGAGAUCAAUAUCAAAGUCGAGCUGAGUUGUAGAUGAACUUCUUUCAUCUCAAUUAUGCGAAACAUAUCAACCAAGACAUCAAGUAGGACUAGUAGGAUUGAGGUCCAUUUAUUUCAGGCACCCCCACCGGUUCCAGUAACGGUAUUAGGUGACAGUAUAUUUAGAAUUUAAUAUAAGUGUGAAUAGUUUGAAUUUGUUUUAUUUCUCUGAGUCAUUGAUUUUGAUGUGGCGCUCAAUUUCUAAUUUGAGAACAUCAACCAACUUGGCGAAGGAGCGAGAGAUCGAGGGCAUUGUGCAUUCCAUAGUCGGUGAGGCGGAGGCUACGAGAGCUGCGCAGGAUUUGGUUAGUCAUUACGUGCUGUUGCAGAGUGCGCUACUGCAGGUAGAAGUGCAAACCGCAUUAGACCUGGACGAGGUAGAUGUUGAGGACCCAGACCCUGGUCCAUCCAGUUUAGUGGACAACGUCUUCUUCGUUCUCAAAACAACUGUGGAAGCUUCUAUGGAAACGUACUUUUUUAUACAUAUUAAUUUAUAUUUUAUUAGGUAGGGAACAUGAACAAGUGCUUGCAUAUGCAUCUCCAUCUCCACCUCGUUUUGUGAAAACAUGUACAUGACUCCCGCAUGACUCUCCUGUCACAUCAAUUACGACGAAGACCAAGAUGGAUCAUGUUGUCAUGUCAUGGCACCUCUUUUGUCGCUAUUAAUGGCUACUUAUGAGGCCAGCCAACACCACAGUACCUCACUCGGAGAGCUACGGAUCCGGUCUAUAAAAAUGAACUAGCAACCACAGUUCUUGUCUUCUGUCUCUAUACUAAUAGACUUUGGAGGCGUACUCCCUGUCUUUAGUAUUUAUUAGAGCCAGUUCUUGUUUGGCUCCAGGACGAUAGUGGCUCCAAAGGACGAUGAAGAAAAAAUCCUCAUAUGCUUCAGCAAGCUUCCACAUACACGCCACAAUCAUGAUUUUCAUUCUUAACUACUUACGUACAUCUUCUACUGUAAGAAUGAGGAACACAUGAUCAUAAUCAUAAAAAUAAAACUAAAUGUUGUUAUCGUCCUUCAAAACGAUGUUGACGCAGGUGCAACUUGGUCGCAGUGUGCUGCAUCAUUAACGAGGUAGGGCACGUUCUCGCCAAAGACUCACUUGUGUAUCAGCGUGUGCAGGAAAACCUGCGAGAGUCGUUACCUGCUUAUCGUGCGUUCGUUUCUGACGCUAGACACGUUCGCGAUCCGCCAGACGAGGGUGAAAAGCAUGCUCUUGAUACCCUGUAUCGCCACUUAAUCGCACAGAAGGGCGCAUCCGGAGGCGCGAUCGCGGCGGUCUCUAUGUUGGAGCAAGUUGCUGGCGCUACGACAGGAGGCGGGGGUGACGCGAGUCCCGAUAAGCAGGGAGGUGCGAAUAAAAGCAACAACACGCUCACAUCGGCCGACAGUUGGCCUCAUGCGUCCAACAACGCCUACAAGUGCGUCGAAUACAUCAACAGGCUAGUCGAGAACAUCAAGGUCGACUUUGCAACGAAGACCGACGAUGACGAUCAACUCCUCUUCCCAGAGGAUCUGGAGACAGAGAAGAAAACCAUGUUUGACCACACACUGCAAAACCUGCAGAUGUUUAGGGUAGAUUUCCAGGCACUAUGCUCGCACAUCCCGGUAAUGAGCGGCUCAGGCGCAUUAUGAAUUGAUCAUGAUCAUGUCGUAUUUGUACCAAAGAACUAUAUCCGACUUUCGCUCCUGGUCCUGCAUGACUACGAUACGUCAGCGAUCAUCUUUGUUACAUCCAUUGUUGUAAAAAAACCGACACAGAAUAUGUUGCUCAUGUAGCUUAUCAUAGAUGAUGAAGAUGAGAGAGAGAGUCUCUCAUUGAGAGAAGGACCAGCAUCUCCUCGUCAUCCCUAGCUCUAAUGUAUGCAGACGGUUCGCAGCGGCGGCCGAUUCCCGGAAUACCAAGAAAUACCGUCUUCGUGCUGAAGCAUCACUUAAUACCAUCACUACAGCCCUUUGAGGAGAACUCCUUCAACAUAUCAGAGGCUGAAUUCAACGACUGGCAAAUCAACGAUCUCUUCGUCAACACUUUCAUAGCGCAAGUCUCCAUGCUGCAUACGCACAUAAAGCGAUGCUACACGCCGGAGGUACAUAUACGCCAAAAAUGCUGGUUUAGCACUACUUAAUAAUGUCGGAUUUGAACCAUCGACAUCGUAGUAAAUUGUCCCGUGAAUAUUAUGGUUGCGGCAGCUAAUAAAACCCAUAAAUAUUCUUGCUUCCACCACAUCCUCUACCUCUUCCUACUUCCGUUUGCACGGAUUUUCACGAUCUUCCCGACUGCAAUUUGUAUCUUCGCUCUUUCCGCUUCCAAUCACUUCUCCAUAGGUAGUACUUGCUAUCCUCGAGCAGCUAAUUGAACAGAGUUGUAACCGUCUCGCGACGAAUAUCGCGAAGAAACAGAACAUCUCACUCUACGGCGGACUACAGUUCGACCAGGACGUGCGAAGCCUGAUGAACUAUUUUCUGUCGAUUGCUUCUGCGCAUGCGGCAGCUGCUGAAGGCGGAGAAGGCAAUAUUUAUGAUGGAUCAUGUUGUAGUACUCAAUUGAUUCUAUUGACUCGCUUUGGCUUUGAGUUUUCGCGUGAAAAUAUAACUACUAACUCUGAACUUCACUUUCUCGCGAAGAAGUAAGUAACUACUGUUUCGGAUGCAAAUGCAUGCGCAAUUAUUAUGUAUGAAAUAGGAGCUCACGCUCAGGAGUUAUUCAAUCAAGAAAAAAUACGAGUACUCGAGUUCGAGUACAAGCAACUGUUUCCUACCCCGUUCUUCAUACUCUGGUGUUGGAGCCGUUACCGGUGAGGAAGAAAUUCAAGCGGUUGUGCCAGAUCGCGAGUCUGCUAUCACUGGAGCACGCGAGAGAACUGCGCGAUUUUUUUUCGCAGUCAAAGUGGGAACUUCGUAAUCACGAAAUUCGACUUUUCCUACUCCUCCGCUUUGGCGAGGCAGAAGUCGAACGCGAUGCAGGCUAUCUAAGGAGCGGCGGGCCAGCGUAAGCGCAAAGAAAGCGAGAAAAUGUUGUAACUGACGAGUUGUACUUCUUGGUUGCAAUUGUUGUGCUGCGACGAGUGCGAUCUUCUGUUGAACAAGCGUGAUUCAGCGAAUUUUUGAUAUGGACGUAGGAACGCGGGUGUGUCGGCAACACCUCCGCUGAGUUGAAAAUGGUUUCCUAGAAGAUACCCACGAUGAGGCCCACGCGCCGCAUUAAACCAAACAUGGUCUUGGCCACACCCUGGAAUAUUUCAUGCCUGCUCCUACGAUGCACUAUUCGCGUUGAAAUAAAUUGAAGUAACCUUUCUUGACCCCAUUCUGCUACAGCUCUCUCCCUAAAUAUUGUCUCUCAUUCUUAUUCUGCCAUCAAUCAGCAACAGGGUUCAUACUAUGAAUGUGAACCCCCAAACAAAGUGAGAAACUGUCUGUUGUAGUGAGUCAGUGU